GAGCUCACCCGGCUGCAGGCAGCCAACGACCUCGCGGCGCAUGCCCGCGGCCACGCCGACGCCGAGGCGCACGCCCGGCUCGCGGGCGAGGCGGCGGAGGCGCGCGCCGGGCGCGCGGAGGCCGACGAGCUGCGCACGCGGGCGGCGGCGGUGGGCGCGGAGCUCGCGCAGGCGCGGGAGGCGCGGGAGCUGGCGGAGGCCAGCGCCGCGGCCGCGGCGGCGGAGGCGCGCGCCAGCGGCGCAGAGGCCGCGGGCCUGCGCGCGCAGCUGGCGGGGGCGGAGGCGGAGGUGGCGCGGCUGCGGGAGGCGGGGGAACGCGCGGCGGCGGGCGUCGAGGAGGCGUGCGAGGGCGCCACGGAGACCUCGCGGCUGCGGCCGAGGCUGGAGGCGGCGGAGGCCAAGCUCGCGGCAGCUCUGGAGGAGCAGGGCCUCUCGGCCGCCAGCGCGGCCGAGGCGCGCGCAGGCGCCGCGGAGGCCUCCCGGCUGCGCUCGCAGCUGUCGGUGGCGGAGGCGGAGCUCGCGCAGCUGCGCGAUGCGCGCGGGCGCGCUGCGGCCGUGGCCGCCGAGGAGGUGGCCGGGCUGCGGGCGCGGCUUCGCGUGGCGGAGCGUGAGACGAAGGACCCCGCGCCCCUGGACGGCGGCCAGACGCGGCCCGCCGCGGCCGCGCUCGAGCGCCAGUGCCAGCAGCUGCAAGAGGCGCUCGACCUCGCGCGCGCCAGGUCGCUCGAGGACGCAGCCGAAGGCGCCGACGCCAGGCGAGCCGGCGUGGCGCUGCGCGCCGAGCUGGCCGAGGCGCGGGGCCGGGCGGAUGCGGCGGAGGCGGCGCUGCGGCGCGAGGUGUCACGGCUGGAGGGCGCGGCGGGGCAGGAGGCCGCCGAGGGCGGGCGGAGCCGCGAGUGGGGCGCGGAGGGCGAGGGGAGCGAGGCGGCGGAGCUGCGGCGGGCGAGGCAGGAGCUGGGGCUCGCCCAGGACAGGGUUGCCGCGGCGCAGGGCGCGCUGGCGGAGCGCGACGAGCGAGCGAAGCGCUUCUCCGCCGACGUGGAAGCGGAACGCCGCGACGGCGACGAGCAGCGCCAGCGCCUGCGGGGGGAGCUCCGCAGGCUGGAACGGGAGCUGGACGACGUGGUGGCCGCGAAGCGCCUGGAGCUCCGAAGGCGCGACGACGAGGCCGCCACGCUGCAGGACGAGCUGCGGGCCUCGCAGCGCGAGCUGGCCGCCCUGAAGGCCGAGCUGGUGGAGGUCUCCUCCCAGCGCGGCGCGGCCACCCGCGAGCGCCGCGAGAAGGCGAGCAUAGAUCUGCGGAGCCGGGACCUGGCCGACUACGAGGCUGCCCUCGCGGACCGCGAGCGGCAAUUGCGCGCCGCCGAGCGCCUGCUGCGCCAGCGCCAGGCGCGGCUGGGGAGCUGCGGCGGCAACGUGCCGGGCGGCGACGCCGACCCAGACGCAGAGUGGUGGUCGCAGGCGGCGCUGGCCGCCGCACCGGCGGCGGCGACGUGGCCCGUCGUCGGGUGGGGCAGCCGCGCGGGAGAGCCAGAGCACCGGUGGGCCUCUUCGCAGCCGCCAGCCGCCGCCUCGGCGCGCAGGGCGCCGGCGUCCCCCGAGCGCUCGCCGAGUGGCCGCCCCGACUCCAGAGGGCCUUCCGCGCCGCGGGCGCCCGCGGCCGCAGCCCGCGAGGUGGAGGAGUUGGAGACGACCCUGCUGCAGCCGCCCUCGGGUGGCGAGGGAGGCGCCCCGGGCGCGGCCCAGGCCGCCGCUGGCGCGCUCAGGGGGUCCGCCGCCGCGGCCGCCGACUGCCGCGCGGCUUCCCGCGGGGCCUCUUGCGGAGACCUCGGCGCCACCACCGCCCCAGCCGCGGGC